AUGACCCCACUGCCCUACGACGCCACCAUCAGCAGCAACGCCAGCAAAAGCAGCGCGACCGUUGCCGCGUGGGUGCCUGCUGUAAGUGCCGGUGUUGCGGCUCUGCUCUGUUACAUGAACUCGCUGGACGGAGAUUUCAUGCAUGACGAUAUGGUGGCGGUGGUCGGGAACCCUGACGUCACCGGUGAGACUAGACGACAUGAGUCGUCGUUGGCCAACUACUACCCCAAUGGGCGCCAGGUACGCGGCUACCACACGGCCAACGUUGCUCUGCACUGCGCAUGCUCUGUUCUGGUGGCCAUCGUCGCACGCUGCGUGAUGCGAAUACAAGCCCUCCACGUGUGCCUGGCAGCGAUGCUGUUCGCUGCUCAUCCGGUCCACACUGAGGCCGUCUCGGGGAUUAUCUCGCAAAGGUACGCACCGAUGCCAGUGGCUACGGAAUCGGUGCCAGCUUGGCACAAGUUCAACACGUCCAUGAACGUGUCCUCGCAUAGGGACAUGCGUAAGCUGCCUAAGGAUAAGUCUCGUACGUCGAAGGAGCAACGCUAG